GCCGUCUCAUACCGGCGAACCAAAUCCAGCGUCCGCAGAAAACACACUCCCAUCCCAUAGUUUCCACUCCACUUCGAUCCUAUCCUCCCUCAACUACUCAACCAAGAACCUUUCCCCCCUUCCAAGUUACUCGAGGAAUCCAUGUGCGGCGGCGCAAUCAUCUUCGACUACAUCCCGGCGGCGCGGCGCCGGCUGUCAUCCGCCGCCGACUUCUGGCCUGGAUCCGACGCCGACGCCGAGGACUCUCACGCCUCGCUCACCCCUGCCCCUGAGAGAGCGCCGCGCGCGAAGAAGGCGAAGCGUGGCCGCAAGAACCAGUACCGCGGCAUCCGGCAGCGGCCGUGGGGCAAGUGGGCGGCGGAGAUCCGCGACCCCGUGAAGGGCGUCCGCGUCUGGCUCGGCACCUACCCGACCGCCGAGGCCGCCGCGCGCGCGUACGACCGCGCCGCCAGGCGCAUCAGGGGCGCCAAAGCCAAGGUCAACUUCCCCAACGACACCUCCUCCAGCGUCACCGCCGUGCCGACGACGGCCGCCGGAGCAGCAGCAGCACAGGCCCCGGCCGUUCUCCCGGCGCCCAAGGUGGAGGCGCAGGCGCAGGUGUCCGACGAGGUCAAGGAGCUGUCGGAGGAGCUGAUGGCCUACGAGAACUACAUGAACUUCCUCGGCAUCCCCUACAUGGAGGGCGGGAAUGCAGCUGCAGGUGCCACCACCGCCGCCGCCGCCGCCACCGUCGCCGAAGAAGCGCAGGUGCCGGCGGCGCCAGCCGGGCUGUGGAGCUUCGAGGACUACUACUACCCGCCGUCACUGUCGCUCUUCACUGAAUAAUGAACGCGGUUUUUACCGUGCCUGUUUUGUUAACUCUUUUGUAAAAAGAUUUUCCUGCUCGUCCUAGUCGCUGUAAAUGUGACAGACUGAGCAUCAAUCGAGCUCCUCCUGUCUUGUGUUUUGUUGAACUCGAUCCCAUUGUUUCGUUUCUGUGACUGUACCCUGUGUUUCUGUAACUCGCAAGUUGAGGCAGGCAUGUAAUCAAGAUUUGCAGUUUAACUCUGAUCUUUGCUUCUCAGCAGCUCGCUGCAGAGGAA